AUGUGGUCGCGGGCUCAGAUGGCGAGAGAGGGCGGGGCACGGUGUUCGAAGGAGCGUCAGACUUUGGUCACUUCAGCUGACUGGUUUGUCCCACAUCACCCAUCAUCUCACUCCCUCCUUCUCUCUGCGCACUUUACCCGGAUAUCCACCAUGCCUCGCGAACGCUCCCUCUCCGGCACUAUCCCGUCCAUGGAAACAUCUCAUGAGGAGCUCAAGAACAACACCAUCAUCGUAGUUCUGGGUGCUUCUGGCGACCUGGCGAAGAAAAAGACUCUCCCCGCGCUCUUUGCCCUUUAUCGGCAAGGCUUCCUCCCCCGAGACUGCAAAAUCGUCGGUUACGCACGGACCAAGAUGGACAAGGCCGAAUUUGACAAGCGCGCCACAUCUUACAUCAAGAACACCGAGGAGCCUGAGAUCGCGAAUUCUGUCGAGUCGUUCAAGCAGAUUCUUUCGUACGUCUCGGGUGACUACGAGGAUGGUGCUGCCUUCGAUGGCCUCAGAAAACACAUCGAGGAGAUCGAGUCUUCCUAUCAGUCGAAGGAGCGCAACCGCAUCUUCUACCUCGCUCUCCCUCCCACCGUCUUCAUCCCCGUCGCCAAAAACAUCAAGGAGCACUGCUAUAAUGCCAAGGCAGGCGUCAACCGCAUUAUCAUCGAAAAGCCGUUCGGUAAAGACCUCGCGUCUGCCCGCGAGUUGCUCGCUUCCGUCAAGCAGUACUGGACAGAAGAAGAGACUUUCCGUAUUGAUCACUACCUCGGGAAGGAGAUGGUGAAGAAUCUUCUCGUUCUUCGUUUCGCCAACAUCGCAUUGGGCGCAGCAUGGGACAAGAACUCUAUCAGUAACGUCCAAAUCACCUUCAAGGAGCCAUUUGGUACCGAGGGCCGGGGUGGGUAUUUCGAUGAGUUCGGUAUCAUCCGUGACGUUCUCCAGAACCAUCUUCUGCAAGUGCUGAGUAUCUUGACAAUGGAGCGGCCUGUCUCUUUUGCUGCUGAAGAUAUCCGAGAUGAGAAGGUCAAAGUUCUGCGUUCGAUUCCUCCCAUUGAACAAAGCGAUACGCUUUUGGGCCAGUAUGUUUCCGCGAAUGGAAAGCCAGGUUAUCUCGAUGACAGCACCGUCCCACCAAACUCGGUCUGCCCUACGUAUGCUGCGACCACCCUGUGGAUCCACAACCCCAGAUGGGAGGGCGUCCCCUUCAUCUUGAAGGCUGGAAAAGCCCUCAACGAGAGCAAAGUGGAAGUCCGCAUCCAGUUCAAAGAUGUUACUCAGGGUAUCUUCAAGGAUAUUGCUCGCAACGAACUCGUCAUCCGCAUCCAACCUUCUGAGGCCGUCUACCUGAAAUUGAACUCAAAGACGCCCGGUCUGUAUACGCGGGCGAUCCCUACUGAGAUGGACCUCACUUACAAGAGGCGUUUCCUGGAGGCGAAGAUUCCUGAGGCGUACGAGGCACUUAUUCUCGACGCUCUCCGCGGUGACCACUCGAAUUUCGUCCGUAACGAUGAGUUGGAUGUAGCCUGGAAGAUUUUCACCCCUAUCUUGCAUUGGAUCGACGGACAGUUGGGUCCUAGACCAAGACCCGUGUCAUACCCUUAUGGUUCUCGCGGUCCCAAAGAACUAGACGCUUUCAUCGGGAAAUACGGGUACAAACGCAAUGCUGAUGCUUACUUCUGGCCUGUGACGAACAUGGCAGCCCUCUGA